AUGGCCUUCCACUGGGCCAGUUUAAUGGCCUUCCACUGGGCCAGUUUAAUGGCCUUCCACUGGGCCAGUUUAAUGGCCUUCCACUGGGUCAGUUUAAUGGCCUUCCACUGGGUCAGUUUAAUGGCCUUCCACUGGGUCAGUUUAAUGGCCUUUCCACUGGGUCAGUUUAAUGGCCUUCCACUGGGUCAGUUUAAUGGCCUUCCACUGGGUCAGUUUAAUGGCCUUCCACUGGGUCAGUUUAAUGGCCUUCCACUGGGUCAGUUUAAUGGCCUUCCACUGGGUCAGUUUAAUGGCCUUCCACUGGGUCAGUUUAAUGGCCUUCCACUGGGUCAGUUUAAUGGCCUUCCACUGGGCCAGUUUAAUAGCCUUCCACUGGGUCAGUUUAAUGGCCUUCCACUGGCCAGUUUAAUAGCCUUCCCACUGGGUCAGUUUAAUGGCCUUCCACUGGGCCAGUUUAAUGGCCUUCCACUGGGCCAGUUUAAUAGCCUUCCACUGGGCCAGUUUAAUAGCCUUCCACUGGGCCAGUUUAAUGGCCUUCCACUGGGUCAGUUUAAUGGCCUUCCACUGGGCCAGUUUAAUGGCCUUCCACUGGGCCAGUUUAAUGGCCUUCCACUGGGCCAGUUUAAUAGCCUUCCACUGGGCCAGUUUAAUAGCCUUCCACUGGGCCAGUUUAAUGGCCUUCCACUGGGUCAGUUUAAUGGCCUUCCACUGGGUCAGUUUAAUGGCCUUCCACUGGGCCAGUUGAUUUGGAAGCAAAAUUUUUUUCGAUUAGAAAUCAAGCAAGCGGAACGACAGAGAAAGCGGGAAGAGCGGCUGAAGUUGCGGCAGGAACGACAGCGAGUGAAGCUGGAGCGACGACUGUUGAAGGAGAAGAAGAAGAUGAGGAAGUUGAAAAAUAAUUUAGCACAGUGUAAUUACACAAUGCUUAAUUGUUACACCCACGACAACGAUCACUGGCGUACACCGCCCCUCUGGCAUGAUGGGAAGUUCUGCUUCUGUAUGAACGCUGCCAACAACACGUACUGGUGUGUGCGCACUAUCAACGAGACUCACAACUUCCUCUACUGUGAGUUUGUCACCGGCCUCGUCACUUACUACGACCUCAACAUUGAUCCUUAUCAGUUGCGGAAUGUGGCAUUUACGCUUUCCAAUAAAAGGCUGGCCGAGCUGCACCAUCGUCUGGAAACACUGCGCACCUGUUCUGGCGCCAAUCAAUGUGACGAUCUACCAGGUUCACAGGAUAGACACAAUGAGAGCAAUGUUAAUAUUCAAGAUAUAGAAGACAUGGAGAGGGAAGACAUAAGCAACAGAGUUGAUCUUAUAGUUCCUUCCCGCCCUGUUAUGAGUCGAUCUCAGCUUCGAGAAGAGCGGCGCCGUGUUCGCAAGGAACGUGACAGACAGCGGGAAGAGAGGCGCCGACGACGCAAGGAGCAGAAGAAGUGGAGACGGAGUCAGUUGUUUGAAUCCAAAGGCAGACAUGUUCUGCACUCGAUCGGCUCUGACAGGGGAAUAGUGCGGUUGAGACGGAAGAGCCGUACGGAAGAAAGAAGACGGUUGAAGAAAGAGAGGAGGGAUAGGCGCAGAGAACGCAGAAGGAAGAAACCUAAGCGUGAUAAAAUUCUUUUAAGUGAAUAGCCGAGAUUUAGGUCUUGUGUCGUAUCAUGUAUCUCUGUUCCGCAGUUAAACAGUGGCCCUAGCCACUGAGAAUCCUUAUCUGCAUUUCAGCGUACUUUCCCAAAGGAAUUGCAUUUAACAACGAAUUAUAUUAAACAUUAUUUAUUACAAAUAUACAGAGAAAGUUUAUGUCUCCCGAAGCCCAAAAGUCAUUGUUAGGUCAGUUGAUGAGUGUGUAUGUAUACUCCCCAGGUGCCAUAGUAGUCAGUCAGACCAUGCAGCUGGGCAGGGAUGUGCUAUAGCAUGUAUACUUUGUAAAACAAGACUGUUGUUCCACACUCACACACAGCAGUUAUACCUUACAAAGAAUGAACAGUCAUAAUACCGUGACUGGGACAACACAGGUGGUCCUUGACUUUCCAUGGGGUUGCGUUCCUGCGAAACCAUUGUAAUUUAAAUAUGAAUACAGUGGACCCCCGGUUAACGAUCACCUCCAAAUGCGACCAAUUAUGUAAGUGUAUUUAUGUAAGUGCGUUUGUACGUGUAUGUUUGGGGGUCUGAAAUGGACUAAUCUACUUCACAAUAUUCCUUAUGGGAAAAAAUUCGGUCAGUACUGGCACCUGAACAUACUACUGGAAUGAAAAAAGUUCGUUAACCAGGGGUCCACUGUAUUUGUUAAAUAAAUAAGAAAAUAACUGUCACUUAAUAAAUAAACAAAUAAAUACUGUAACUGAAUACCAGUAUUGAAAAGUAAAUAAAUGAACACAAGUUACGAACUUGCUGCGUUCGUUCUGGGUAAUUAUCUUAGGUUUUAUCUCCAAAUUAAUUGUUUUUGCACCAUCACACAGUCAAAAUAUUGUAAAUCGAACAGUCGUAAGUCAAGGAGCACCUGUACACAACCCGCACCUGUGAGAACGAAACCUGUGAUGAUUUUACAGUCAGCAUUGGAACAUCAACUAAUCACAGGACUAUUCAAUGAUCCAAGUAACACCGAAACGUAUGUUUCAUUCUCCCAUGUGCAGGUUAUUUGUGUAUUAUAUUGUACAAGAAUGUCAGGAGUUCAUUUGUGUGGCCUCUCAGUAUUGAAUGAAAUAGUGACCCUAGAAGAAAACUGAACUUGGCAUUCACAUAAUGUGACCACAGUUUUAGAUGCCUCUAAUGUGGUUGGAGAUUUUAGUUCAAGUAUGUAAUGUGAACUUCCACUGAAAUACAUAAAAUUGUACAGAUGUGCAGUGUUUUGAAAAUUAACUUGCAAACUGAAAUUGAAGAUUGUUGUGCAGUUAUAGAGAGAAUAUAGAAAAUUAUCCUCAAAAUAUUUAUAAUCAAAGAGAAGUGGUAAGCUAUAGUGGCCAUGUAACACCCAGUGUAUAUCAUCAGAUUUCAUCCUGGGAACGGAGGAACAUCCAAAUAAGCAACAAAAGAUACAAUAAUGUGACUGGAACAAUACACGAACAAUACACACAUAGAAGAGAGAAGCUUAUGAUGAUGUUGUGAUCCAGACAUUGAACCUUUUGACUAGUAACACUGACACACUGGCUCCCUCGCCUUCAGGUGUUAACCCUUAAACUGUCCAAACGUAGACCUAUGUUUGCGUACGUAGCACUCUGCCCUUGAUUUUUUCCAUAAGAAAGAAUGUAAAAAAAGCGUAGAUCUACGUUUGGAGCGCUACGCGAGCAAACGUAGAUCUACGUUCGGACAGUUUAAGGGUUAAUGAUCUCAGUUGGACUGAAACAUUAUAAGCUUCUUUCUCCUGUGUGCAGGUUAUUUGUGUAUACAUCCAAGUCCUUGGAGCAAGAGCCCUUCACUUGCAUCAAGGCACUCUUCCUAAAGAAACAAGAGAACAGAAAUGGAAAUCGCUGUUACUUAAGAAUGUGAAAAUAAUUAUAUUUGUUUAACACACAGACUGAACGUGUUCAAAUCAUGUAUAAAUGUCUCGUGUAUUGUGGAACUGUCUGUGAGAGUACAGGUCUGGUAUAUUGUGGAACUGUCUGUGAGAGUACAGGUCUGGUAUAUUGUGGAACUGUCUGUGAGAGUACAGGUCUGGUAUAUUGUGGAACUGUCUGUGAGAGUACAGGUCUGGUGUAUUGUGGAACUGUCUGUGAGAGUACAGGUCUGGUAUAUUGUGGAACUGUCUGUGAGAGUACAGGUCUGGUGUAUUGUGGAACUGUCUGUGAGAGUACAGGUCUGGUAUAUUGUGGAACUGUCUGUGAGAGUACAGGUCUGGUGUAUUGUGGAACUGUCUGUGAGAGUACAGGUCUGGUGUAUUGUGGAACUGUCUGUGAGAGUACAGGUCUGGUGUAUUGUGGAACUGUCUGUGAGAGUACAGGUCUGGUGUAUUGUGGAACUGUUUGUGAGAGUACAGGUCUAGUGAAUUGUGGAACUGUCUGUGAGAGUACAGGUCUGGCAUAUUGUGGAACUGUCUGUGAGAGUACAGGUCUGGUGUAUUGUGGAACUGUCUGUGAGAGUACAGGUCUGGUGUACUGUGGAACUGUACUACCAGUACAGGUACUGUGGUACCUGUACUGUCAGUGUGUGGUACCUGUACUGCCAGU